AUGAUCCGAAAUCGAGUAACCACCAAGCAUAUCAUCCUCAAAGAUGAUACUCCCGGUAACGCCCUUUGGGGUCGUCGGAGUGAGGUUUCUGCUUUCUCUGGCAUUCUCAGCAUGGGCGCAGUGAUUGCAUCUCCUUUAUUUGUCUUGUUUAUCUUCAUUUCGCUACAGCAUUUUAAUGGAUCUGUUCUUGAUGCGGGGAUUGCAUUGAUAUCCUCAUGGUCGGACUUUUUUCUCCGUUAUUUACCUCGAUUAACCACCCAUUCUGCAACUAUCUACACAGGCUGGGUUAUCGGCCAGGCUGUUCUUUAUUCUACCCUCCCAGGAAAGAUUGUCAGUGGUGCGCAAACACCUGGUGGCAAUGCUCUCCCGUACAAAAUGAACGGGUUGGCAUCAUGGUUUGUCACAGUUGGGGUAUUCCUCCUUAUCGCCUGGAAAGGAGGGGUGCAAGCCGCUGCAGCACUGGCCGACAGCUGGGGGGGUGUCCUCGUAGCAGCCAAUAUAUAUGGCAUUGCGGUUUCUGUUCUCGCGUGGCUAAAGGGGCGAUUCAUGCCGAGUUACAUGCAAGAUCGGAGAUUAAGCGGAUCGAUAUUCCAUGAUUUCCUUUCUGGGAUUGAAUUAAAUCCCCGGAUUGGGCGAUAUUGGGAUUUUAAGCUGUUCCAGAUUGGACGGUUAGGGAUGAAUUCAUGGGUUGUCAUUGACCUCUCCUUUGCAGCGCAGCAGUAUCAUCACUAUGGAACUGUCUCCAAUUCAAUGCUGAUCGUGAUCAUCCUGCAUACCAUAUACGUGGUGGACUUUUUCAUCAAUGAAGCAUGGUAUCUCAACACGAUCGACAUUGCCCAUGACCAUUUUGGCUUCUAUCUCGGCUGGGGAUCGGCUGUGUGGCUGCCGUAUAUCUACACUUCUCAAGCACAGUAUCUUUCUUCUCGUCCUGAGCAUCUAUCCACUACGACAUUCUGGCUCAUCCUCACCACCGGAGUACUGGGAUACAUCCUCUUCCGCCUAGCAAAUCAUCAAAAGCACCUUCUCCGGACCAAAGGAAUCAACUGUAAAAUCGCAGGCCAGAGACCGAAAGUCAUCAAAAGUAGAUAUACAACUGCCACCGGCGAGAUCAAUGAAUCCCUCCUCCUUCGUUCUGGAUGCUGGGGUAUCGUCCGUCACCCGAAUUACAUUGGCGAUUUGAUCCUGUCUUUCUGUGCAUGUGUCUGCUGUGGCUGGGAUCACUUUCUCCCGUACACAUACUUUGCCUGGAUGACAGGACUGCUCAUUCAUCGCUGUCUGCGUGACGAGAAGCGGUGCUUGGCGAAACAUGGCAAGGCGUGGGAGGAGUAUCAGCGGCUGGUGAAGUGGAGGUUGAUUCCGGGUGUUUUUUAA